AUGGAAAAUGUAUCUUCAAUGAUGCAAAGAAACGAAGAACAAAGAGGAGACAACGCGGAGGCCCUACAACUUGUUAAAAAUGAGGAACGUCCGGAGAUGAGCGUCAACGACACAAACACAAAUGGCGAAGGAGUGUCGACAGUGGUGUCAGUGUCAGGAGCGGAGACGGGGGGCGAGCAACACUCAGUGAUCACAUCGAGACGAGCCCAGAGAACGAUCACUACCGCGGGCCACAUAACAGACUCGACGGACAUGAGCGACGACGGAGUCAAAGACGAGCCUCCCGAACAACCGGCGCUCGACCACGACCACAUGCAGUACCCGGCCAAGAUGGAGGAGGUGGACCAGCGCGCGGGCGCCACGCACUACGACGAGGAGAGGUUAAGAAUGGCCGAGGCUGAAACGGCGCGGUAUCUCGCCUUCAAACAGGAGCCCUACAGGGGCCUACAGUCACCGUCUCCCGCCCCACAAGACAAGCGAGCCCCGCAGUACGCGCGACUACCUCCUCCACGACCGGCCUACGGGCGAGGGCUGUCCCUGAGGUACGGACCUCCUCAUCAUGUGAUAGUAUCACAGGACGGAGAGCAAGAGGAACAUCCGCAUGAGGUUUAUCUACAAAAAGAAAAGGAACAAUUACAGCAAGCAUACGUAUCAAACGAAGCGAACGCGCAGGAGAACAGACAGUACGCCGCCGUGCUCGGAGAUCAGGUAGCCGUCUCGUCGGCGCUGGAAAUGAUUCAAACGACAUCUUUGAGUAAUCAGCAGUCGAUCGGAGUCGCAUACCAACAGGUGAAGUACGAGUCGCGAGGUGAGGCCGAGCCGCGGCCGACGACGUACGCCAGCCUCCAGCCGGUGACGUCGGUACAUAGCUCGAGCGGGUACACGUACGCGGGGCAGAGUCCUCAGUACGCGGCGGCCGGCUACGGGGCUUACGGGGGCGGCAAGGAGCUGCUGACACUGUACGGAGCGGGGGCUGGUGGUGGCGGGGCGCCGCGGGGGGACGACUCGCCCCCUGGACAGCUGCUGUACCGCAGCGACCCCACGCUCUCCUCGUCCUCUCUGAACACGAGGGCGCACGUGGUCUACGGGUCCGUGGUCCCCCCGUCACAGACGGUCUACGAGACCCCGCCCAGUCCCAACUCACAGCAGGUGACCUUGUACACUCACGGGAACACGGUCCAGUAUAAGGUGGGCGGCGAGCACUACCUGGGUCAGGGCAGCGGAGUGGAGUACGUGCCGGUGUCAGGGUACGAGGGAGGGCUGCUGGUGGAGAGCUACCCCGCCGCGCCUCAACCCUGGCCCGCACACAACAUACUUAAUAUAGAUGAUGGAUUCGAUCCCAGCAUGGCUGGUAUGGGGGAGGUGAAGGAGUGCGUGAACUGUGCGGCGGCCACCACUCCUCUGUGGAGGAGGGACGGCACCGGUCAUUACUUGUGUAACGCGUGUGGUCUGUACACCAGAAUAAACGGCGUCAACCGACCGCCGCUCAAAGGACAAAAGACGAAGCCACAACAGGCUCUCCCCACUAACGGUAACCGUCGUGUCGGAGUGACCUGCGCCAACUGCCGCACCUCCAACACGACCCUCUGGAGGAGAAACAACAACGGCGAGCCCGUGUGUAACGCGUGUGGACUGUACUACAAGCUGCAUAAUGUGAACCGGCCGCUGAGCAUGAAGAAGGACGGCAUCCAGACGAGGAAGCGCAAGCCGAAGAGCAUGGGCGGCGGCGGGGCCUCGGGCGUGGCGCGCGGCGCUCUGACCGUGGAGGCACACUCACACAAGGUGCUGCCUCCUCUGUUCGCGGCGGUGGAGGGCGCGGCGCCGGUGCUGCUGUUGCCCGCGGGCCCUCGGCGGGACCUCCCGCUACCAACGCUAGAUCGCGCGGCCGGGUCGGGUCUGUACUCGAGCUCGUCUGUCGGUCGUCCUCCAUAG